CUCCUCAUGGCCCAGGAAGGAAAGCAAAUGGAAGUACACUCACAGACAGAGUGUACCUUCCUGUUUUUCUCCUUGAAGCUACACUGGUUGAAUUCUCUCUUUGGCUUCUCCUCUCUGCACUGGUAAGCAGUGACACUGACAGCAGAGGGGCGUGACAGCUAUUGGGUGAAAGGCUUUGAACAUUACGCAAAGGGCUGCAGAAUAGAACUUUGCACUCUGUCCUGAAAGUGACAUACAAGGCAGAUAAACCACCAUAAAGCAUGCGUAUGUUGUUAAAGAGAUUCCAGCGAUUGUAUCCUAUGUGUGAUAGCAGUCGUUUUCCUGGAGUUAAUGUGGGUCAAGCUAGACAUUGUCAAAAAUCCUUGUGUGUAUUCUGGGUUUUCCGACAUCAAUGUGAUUACCUCAGAGACACGUGCCUGAGUUUUGCAAAAUAAUGGCAGAUAUCCAAAGGAAUCCAAAACAACGAUUGAUUUCUGAGCUUCACAAUUUAGCUGCUACUGGAGACAAGGCCAGGCUUGUGGCCCUGCUCAGUCAUUCUCCAUCCCUUAUCAAUGAAACUGCGAAGAAUGGUUGGACAGCAUUGAUGUUUGCUGCUAGAAAUGGGCACUUUGACAUUGUACAGGUUCUUCUAGAGAAAGGGUGUGACAAGUCCAUAUCCAAUGCAUCAAACCAGACUGCACUGGACAUCGCUCAAUUUUGGGGUUAUAAGAACAUAGCUAACUUGUUAGCUAAUAUGAAGCCUGGACUGGAACCAUUCUUCCUGAACAGUGAAGCCAGAGAGCAUGAAAACUAUUUUUGCAGGACCUUUCUGGAUAGGAAAAGUGAGAAGAGGACAGAUGCUAAAUGGCUAAAUGCAAAACAGAAGCUGCCAACUACAGUAUAUGUUCUUUUUUCAAAUUUAAGUCCAUUGGUUGUAUCAGAGCAAGAUGAAGAAGAUAAUUUCCAAUCUCCAAAAGCUACACUUUUUCGGCUUCACUAUAAAGAUGUCAAAGAAUUCCUGGAGCACACUGAAACCAUCACACUGAUUUUUCUUGGAGUAGAACUUGAACUGAGAGGUAGAUCUUUUCCAACUGUGAAUGGGCAAAAUUCUAAUGAAGGUGAAGAUGAUGGGCUAGUUGCUUGGUUUUCUCUCAGUUUAGAUGCUACUUCUGCUGACAAGUUUGUACAGAAACAUCAGAGUUGUUAUUUCCUUCAGCCACCAAUGCCUGCAUUGCUGCAAUUGUCUGAAAAUGAAGCUGGAGUCGUUGCCCAAGCUAGAUCUGUUUUAGCAUGGGACAGCCGAUAUCAGUUUUGUCCAACGUGUGGCAGUGCAACCAAAUUAGAAGAUGGAGGCUACAAGAAAUCUUGCUUGAUGGACGAUUGUGCCAGUCAUAAAGGGGUUCACAAUACGUGCUACCCAAGAGUUGAUCCUGUUGUGAUAAUGCAAGUUAUUCAUCCAGAUGGUAACCAUUGUCUUUUGGGAAGGAAGAAUACAUUUCCCCAAGGUCUGUUUAGUUGCCUUGCUGGAUUUGUAGAGCCUGGUGAGACAAUUGAAAAUGCUGUUCGAAGAGAAGUAGAAGAGGAAAGUGGAGUUAAAGUAGGCCAUGUUCGAUAUGUCUCCUGUCAACCAUGGCCGAUGCCCUCCUCCCUAAUGAUUGGCUGCAUAGCAGCUGCAGUGUCUACAGAAAUUAAAGUUGACAACAUUGAACUAGAAGAUGCCCGCUGGUUCAGUAGAGAACAGGUCAUUGAACUUCUCAAUAAAAGGAAUAAGGGGGGGUUUGUUGUGCCACCACAACAAGCCAUUGCUCACCAGUUGAUAAAGCACUGGAUUGGAACAAGUGCCAAUCUUUAAAUCAAGCAAGUUGAUUAACCGCAGCUGUAUCUGCACUUAUAUUUUUAAAUUAAAUUAUAUAUUAUUAAUUACCCAUUGUUGUUUUUUCAAACUCCGGAUCUGAUACUGCUUAUAUUUGGGAGAACAGUGGGAGAAAAAUGGAAGUGAAGAAAAAAAAAGAA